AUGGAAACUGAAAACCACACUGGAGCAUCAGAGUUCCUGCUCCUGGGCCUCUCAGAUAAUCCUCAACUGCAGCCACUGAUCUUGGGGCUGUUCCUCUCCAUGUACCUGGUCACGGUGCUCGGGAACCUGCUCAUCAUCCUGGCUGUCACCUCUGACUCCCACCUGCACACACCCAUGUACUUCUUCCUCUGCAACCUGUCCUUGGUGGACAUCUGCUUCGUCUCCACCAUGGUCCCCAAGAUGCUGGUCAACAUCCAGGCACACUGCAAAGACAUCACCUACAGAGAAUGCCUGGCUCAGGUGUAUUUCUUCAUGACGUUUGCUGGAAUGGAUAACAUCCUUCUGUCCAUCAUGGCCUAUGACAGGUUCGUGGCCAUCUGCCAACCCCUGCACUACACGGUCAUCAUGAACCCUCGCCUCUGUGGCCUCCUUGUGCUCACCUCCUUGUGUAUAGUUUCCUGUGUCUCCUUGAUUCACCUUCUGCUGAUACUGCGACUCUCCUUCUCUCCCGGCACGGAGAUUUCACACUUCUUCUGCGAGCUGACGGAGCUGCUCAAGGUGGCCAGCUCUGACACCUUCGUCAAUAGCAUCGCCUUGUAUAUGGCGACUGCGGUGCUGGGCUUGCUUCCUGCCUCUGGGAUUCUCUUCUCCUACUCUAAGAUUGUCUCUUCCCUCAUGAGGAUGUCCUCUGCUGCGAGCAAGUACAAAGCGUUCUCCACCUGUGGGUCUCACCUGUGUGUGGUGUCCCUGUUCUACGGAACAACACUUGGGGUGUACCUCAGCUCUGCUGUGACCCAGACUUCCCUGAGCAGCUCCACUGCCUCGGUGAUGUACACAGUGGUCACCCCCAUGCUGAACCCCUUCAUCUACAGCUUGAGGAACAAGGAUGUGAAGGGGGCCCUGGGCCAGCUUCUCAGCAGAGCUGUACCUUGA